AGGGAAAUUCAAACUUUUGUAGUUGGCUAACUUCUCAGUUACGGGCGGCUAACUAAUUGUCAGUUCAUAGCAAACAACUAACUGCAUGGAAAUCGUAGAUUUUCGCUGCUGAACAUAUUUAACUACAAGAAACAGGUUGCAGAUCUGCGAGAUGCCUGUGGACAGUGCUGCGGAGCUUCUUAAAUAUUAUGAAGUGUACGAAACCAUAGGCUCCGGUGGAUUCGCCAAGGUGAAGCUCGGGCGACACAUUUUAACAGGGGAAAAUGUUGCAAUUAAAAUAAUGGAUAAAAAAGACCUUGGGGAUGACUUGCCACGAGUUAAGAUCGAGAUUGAGGCCAUGAAGAAUCUAAGCCACCAGCAUGUGUGCCGGCUCUACCACGUCAUCGAGACCUCCACCAAGAUCUUCAUGGUGCUGGAGUACUGUCCUGGGGGCGAGCUGUUUGACUACAUCAUCGCCAAGGCUCGUCUGUCGGAGGAGGAGACGCGGGUGUUUUUCCGCCAGAUCGUGUCUGCGCUGGCGUACGUGCACAGCCAGGGCUACGCCCAUAGGGAUCUGAAGCCGGAAAACUUGCUAAUCGAUGAGGAUCACAACCUAAAGCUGAUUGAUUUUGGUCUGUGUGCAAAACCCAAGGGAGGCCUGGGCUACGAGCUGAAGACCUGCUGCGGCAGCCCCGCUUACGCGGCUCCAGAGCUCAUCCAGGGCAAGGCCUACAUCGGCUCUGAGGCCGAUGUGUGGAGCAUGGGGGUGCUGCUCUACGCCCUGCUGUGUGGCUACCUGCCCUUCGAUGAUGACAACUGCAUGGUGCUCUACAGGAAGAUUACAAGGGGCCAAUAUGACCACCCUCACUGGCUGUCUCCAGGCAGUAUCCUGCUGCUCAACCAGAUGAUGCAGGUGGAGCCAAAGAUGCGCGUCACUGUUCGGCACCUGCUGGACCACCCCUGGGUGAUGCAGGGCGACAGCAGCCCUGUGGAGUGGCGCAGCAAACGCCCUCUGGGGCACAUUGAUGAAGACUGCAUCACUGAGAUGGCCGUCAGUUUAAAACGCUCCAGGAAAAACACCGCCCAGCUUGUCUCAGAGUGGAGGUACGAUCAGACAACUGCCACUUACCUCCUGCUCCUGGCCAAGAAGCAGCGCGGGAAGCCGGUGCGUCUCCGCCCUGUGCAGGACAUCACCUGUUCGCCCCAGCUGGAGCACAAGCCCAAAAAGACCCUGCAGUUCUACGAGGACGGCGAUGGGGAGGUGGAGCCCCUUGUGGUCCUGGGCCCGGUGGACUUCGCCACGGACGACGCCACUGACGGACGCUGCAGCCCCUGGGUCCGCCGGUCCCCCCGCACCCAGCCGGAGAACCCACGGCAGACCUGCACGCCUGGGCGGAAGAGGGCGGAGCCAGCCAGGGUGUCCGCCCUGGACCGCGAGCGCAUCCAUCCCAGGAAGCAGGCUGUGGUGGAAAACAAGGAGAAUGUGGGUGGGGUCACGCCUGAACCCCGGGGGAGGGACACGUUCGCCCUGCCCGCCGCCCCCCGCACUCCGGCCAGCAGCAAGAGGAGCGCCCGCCCGCCCAACAAGGUCGUCCUCUCCACCCCAAAUAACAACCACCACCACUACAACCACAACAACAGCAGCAACAACAACCCUGCCACAGAUACGCGAAAGGUGGCUGCCGGUGGUUCUUCUAAACCACCGCCCCAGGAGCAGGGCUCUGAGCAGGAGGUGGAGGCCGAACUGGAGGUGCUGCCCUUCAGCCCAGAGAGGAGGUCCCGCUCUCUGGACAUGGCCACGCCCCAGAGUGACAGCUCCCAGAAGAGGAAGGCGGGGAAGGUUUUCGGGAGCCUGGAGAGGGGGCUGGACAAGGUCAUCACCAUGCUCACACCCAGCAAGAAGAAGGCCCUGCGGGACGGCCCCCGUAGGAUCAAGGCACAGUACAACGUGUCCUUAACCAGCCAGACGAACGCAGAGCAGGUCCUCAAGCAGAUCCUCUGCAUCCUGCCCGAGAAGAACGUGGACUUUGUACAGAAAGGGUACACGCUAAAGUGCCGGACGCGGUCGGACUUUGGGAAGGUGACCAUGCAGUUUGAGCUGGAGGUGUGUGUGCUGACCCGGCUGGAGGUGGUGGGGAUCCGCCGGCAGAGGCUGAAGGGGGACGCCUGGGUGUACAAACACCUGGUGGAGGACAUCCUGUCCACGUCGCACGUCUGAGCAUCGCCAUGGGCAUCGCCAUGGGCAUCGCCAUGGGCAUCGCCAUGGGCAUCGCCAUGGGCACGGCGUGCAGCCGCCCCGCCCCGCUCCGCUGUACACCGUGCACAGCUUUUUCUUUUAUUAUGAACCGUUUUACAUCCUGCACUACUCAGAGGACAUCAUUAAAGAUGCCCAACUUCUCGGUCCAUAUUUUUCUAGUCUUCUGUUCUCUAUUGUCCUGAGUCACUUAUGAGUGUGGUCUUCCUUUUGUUUUACUCUAAAUAUUAAUAAUUAAAUAAUUAAUAAAGAAAAA